AGCAAUUCCCACAUCGAAAAACACCAUUCCAUUCUUGGGGGUGGAAAACGUCAACCUGUGGAGGAAUCAACGACUUCUGUGAUGUGAACUUUGGGGAAUUAAAACCAUGAGAAGCGUGAAGAGGAAAAAGCUCCUGAACUUAAGAAGCACUCCAGUUGAAGUUUACAUGAAAGUGAUGUUCUAGAAAAAAACCCGGCAACGAUAGCCAUAUUCUGCCACACCAAUUCGCCAUAUGGUUAGAGCGGGUGCCUCUUUAGUGUGUUCAUAGCCCGUUGUGGAUUAUUAUGAGGCGUCAUGGCGUGGUGUGACCGUGGCUGUCAGAUACUGCUGACCAUCGUGGGCGCUUUUUCAGCUUUCAGUCUGAUGACAAUAGCUAUUGGGACCGACUACUGGCUCUAUUCUCGGGCGUACAUAUGUAACGCCACCAAUGUCACCACGGACGACAUGCAACCCAAGAAAACUAGAGGCGACCUGACGCACUCCGGACUGUGGCGGAUUUGUUGUAUAGAAGGAAUCAACAAAGGAAGCUGUCUUCGGAUCAAUCACUUCCCAGAAGAUAACAACUACGACACAGACAGCUCGGAAUACAUCUUACGUAUAGUGCGGGCCUCCAGCCUCUUCCCCAUCCUGAGCAACAUCUUGUUGUUGCUGGGAGGACUGUGUGUCGGGGCUGGGAGGAUCUACAGCAGUAAGAACAACAUCCUGCUCAGCGCCGGCAUCCUGUUUGUGGCUGCAGGUCUAAGCAACAUCAUCGGCAUCAUCGUCUACAUCUCCAGUAAUGCCGGUGACCCCAGCGACAAGAAGGACGAGGACAAUAAGGGUAGCUAUGGAUACGGCUGGUCUUUCUACUUCGGAGCGCUGUCCUUCAUCGUGGCGGAGUCCGUUGGCGUUCUCGCUGUCAACAUCUACAUCGAGAAGAACAAGGAGACGCGGUGCCGGGCGAGGCGGGAGUUCAUCAAGACCACCUCGUCCACCUCGCCCUACUCCCGUAUCCCUAGUUACCGUUACCGGCGGCGACGCUCCCGUUCCAGUUCCCCCUCCACCGACCCGUCCCGAGAGACCUCACCCGUCGGGGUUAAGAUGGGAGGAGGAGGGGCAGCAGGCAUAGGAAGUGGAGCAAGCUUUGGGAUGCCCAUGGGUGGUAUCUCCAUGUACGCCCUCAGUAGGGACACUAUGAAAAGUGGGAUAGCUGGGUACUGUAGUCCAGAGCGUGACUCAAGCUUCCUGCAGGUCCACAACUGCUUCCAGAAAGAUCUGAAGGAGGGUGUCAACAGGAGAACGACUCCCGUAUGAGGGUUGGAAUGCAUCUCUGAACUUGGUAGGAUACAGGAGACUUCACUAAACUGUAAAGGAAACACUUGGACAGCACAUGAUCCAGGAUCAUUGUUGCAACUACAAUACACAGACUAUCUUCCAUGUUGAAAGGUCAUAGUUCAUAUGAUGGAGUGUGCUCUUUUUUUGGUAUAACAAAUUGUCGUCCGUCUUCGUUUGAAUGUGGAGGAGAAAUGGACGCUGAAGGAAUAUUUCGAAAACCUUUGGUAAAGCUACUAUAAGUCCAUUUACAAAGACUACAGAAAACCAGACCUUUAGUAGCAAUGCUUCUGUGAUACACCAUUAGAAAAGUAUGUGUUUUGCAUAUCCCUCAACAAAUGGUAGUCAUAUCUUGUUGUUUUGAUGUUGUCAAGUGAUAAAACUCACUGGAGGGGUUUGAUUUUGCCAUUGUAACUGGUGCUAUACACUUUCAACACACUUUGAAUAUUCUGAUUACACUCUUAGAAGAAAGGGUUCCAAAAUAGUUGUGGGCUGUAGGAGAAACCAUUUUGCUUUGGGUUCCAUGUAGAACCCCAUGUAGAAGGGGUUCUAUACUGAACAAAAAUAUA